GCGAGAGGCGUCAGAUAAACUUCGUCUGGUCACGUGGAGCGUGGUUCCCGUCAUUCUGUGGGUCAGGUGAUUCUCGGUCGCGUUCAGUCCGUGCUGAGGACUCGCCGCCGCCGCCGCUAUGUCCGGGCUCGCGCUGCUGUAUUCGGGACUGGGGCUGACCGCGGCCGCCACCAUCACCGGCAUCGGAAUCUGCUACACAAUAUUUGACCUUGGUUUCCGUUUCGAUAUAGCAUGGUUCCUGACAGAGACCUCACCAUACUUGUGGUCCAACCUGGGCAUUGGGCUGGCCAUCUCAUUAUCAGUGGUUGGUGCUGCCUGGGGCAUUUACAUUACUGGAUCCAGCAUCCUUGGCGGUGGUGUCAAAGCACCUAGGAUCAAAACCAAAAAUCUGGUCAGCAUCAUCUUUUGUGAAGCUGUGGCCAUCUAUGGAAUCAUCAUGGCCAUCGUCAUCACCAACAUGGCUGAGCAAUUUUCGGGCAGAACCCCUAAGGCGAUUGGCGCCCAGAACUACCAUGCAGGUUUCUCCAUGUUUGGGGCAGGCUUGACUGUGGGCCUGUCCAAUCUCUUCUGUGGUAUAUGUGUGGGCAUUGUGGGCAGUGGUGCAGCAUUGGCAGAUGCCCAGAAUGCCAGCCUCUUUGUCAAGAUCCUCAUCGUGGAAAUCUUUGGCAGUGCCAUCGGACUCUUUGGAGUCAUUGUGGCUAUCCUGCAGGUGUCUAAAGUGAAAAUGGGCGACUAAGCCCUUUGCCACCAGCCUGUCUGCCAGCUGCAGACUCUGUACAUAUUUAUUUAAUGUCUUCUGUUGGCUUGGGAUGGAGCUUGGUGUAUAAAUUUAUUCCCGUGAUCUUUCCCUGCGAGGCCGUGGAAGAACCUGACCAAUUGAUGUGUGUGUGAGAAAGAAUCUGUCCUCCUUUCCUUCCAUCCUUUCCUGUUCCACUUCCCCUGAAGAAAGGGGCUGGAUGGACCUAGGAGAAGGAGCCUAGAGUCUUCCAGCCCUUGCACUCUUUGUGGCAACCACUGCCAACAGCAAUGCCAUGUUCUGUGAAAUAAACUCAUCCGUGUCCCAAGUAGUUUCCCUUCCUUGUGCGCCCCGUGCUGCUGUGCCCCUCCUGCUACCCCGGCUCCUGCUGCCUCUGACAGUCCACAUUUUCUGGAACAGCCAGUGGUACUGACUGAAGAUUUGGCUCUGCAGGCUAUGGGAGGUGCCCUCCUAGGCACAUCUGUUCCAUAAUGAAGGGGUGCAUAGGAGCUAAAAGUUGUGAUUUUUUGAGUUCCCUGAAACUUCACAAAUGAUUGGUUAAUUAAAAUUAAUUAUGGGAAA